AUGGUCGCCACGACCUCGGAGGGGCCGCCCCCGCUGGAGUCCGUGCGGUGCGUCGCCAAGAGCUUCUGCCGGCCCGCGGAGAAGGCGCCCGUGAAGCUGUGGGACGACUCGGGCGCGGGCGGCAAGGCAGCAUCCAUGUGGAUGGUGAACUCCACCCAGGCGCUCUGGGUCGCAGCGCGGCACGGUGCGCCGCGAGGCACCUUCUGGGAGCUGGCCGCGGAGUCCAUCACGUUCAGCGACAAGGGCAGGCCCUCGGUGCACAGGGUGCACCAGGACCACGAGCACCCGGCGCCGCUGGCUUCCCCCGCCAAGGAGGCUGCGAGCGAGGCUGCCCCGAGAGCCUCGCCGGGGGCCCGGCGGCCGACGUGGGCGCGGCCCUUCGGGCACUCGGCCAGCGAGCGCUGA